GUCUUUCGAAAAUUGCUUGAUUGUUUUAAGUGAUUGGAACGAAGUUUUAAACAUGUAAUUUUAUACUUUUCUCUUCUGAGAUUGAGAAGAAUAAAGAUAUAGUUAUCAUUUUUAACAGCGGAACAAUUGAAAUAAAACUUAAAGAUGAUGAACAAAGUGAAAACACAGGGCCUUGUGUCCGACUUGAUGCCGAAUAUCAAGUUGAUGCAAGCGGCUGGGCACUUCUUGUUCAACUAUUAUUCAGACGAGUCUGGCAUGUCCAUGCUUCUUCGGAAGAUCUAUUCUAGCGUGCAUGCAGUAUUGAUAGUGGUCAACUAUGUGUGCAUGGCAGUCAACAUGGUGAAAUAUUCAGACGAAGUGAACGAGCUCACAGCGAACACCAUCACUGUACUUUUCUUCGCGCAUACAGUUAUUAAAAUGCUGUUUUUCGCGCUCAAUUCGAAGAGCUUCUACAGAACCCUGGCAGUGUGGAACCAGUCGAACAGCCACCCGUUGUUCACGGAGUCAGACGCGCGUUACCACCAGCUUGCUCUCACGAAAAUUCGGCGCCUCUUGUAUUUUAUCUGUGCGGUUACAAUUUUCGCAGUUAUUAGUUGGAUAACAAUAACCUUCUUCGGGGAGUCCGUCCGUUUGAUAGCAAAUAAAGAGACAAAUGAAACGAUUAGCGAGCCUGCACCUCGUCUACCACUAAAGGCUUGGUACCCUUUCAAUGCCAUGAGUGGAUCUAUGUACAUAGUUGCCUUUGCUUACCAGGUGUACUGGCUGUUUUUCUCCAUGAUGAUAGCAAAUCUGAUGGAUGUCAUGUUUUGUUCGUGGCUCAUCUUUGCCUGCGAGCAGUUGCAGCAUUUGAAAGCAAUCAUGAAACCUCUGAUGGAGCUGAGCGCGUCGCUUGACACGUAUAGACCUAAUACUGCUGAACUUUUUAGAGCUUCAUCGACAGAAAAGUCAGAAAAAGUUCCAGAGGCAACAGACCUAGAUAUUCGUGGUAUAUAUUCCACUCAGCAGGACUUUGGGAUGACGUUGCGAGGUGCCGGUGGAAGGCUCCAGACGUUUGGCCAGCAGAAUACUAACCCUAACGGACUGACUCAGAAACAGGAGAUGUUAGCGCGGUCUGCCAUCAAGUAUUGGGUGGAGAGGCACAAACAUGUUGUAAGGUUGGUGACGUCCAUAGGUGACACUUACGGUACAGCUCUACUAUUCCACAUGUUAAUAUCUACCAUCACCCUGACUCUGUUGGCAUAUCAAGCGACUAAGAUUGACGGUAUAAACGUGUACGCAUUUAGUACAAUUGGUUACCUCAGUUAUACUCUUGGUCAAGUAUUCCACUUUUGCAUUUUCGGCAACCGACUCAUAGAAGAGAGUUCAUCAGUGAUGGAAGCCGCAUAUUCUUGUCAAUGGUACGACGGAUCCGAGGAGGCGAAGACUUUCGUGCAGAUCGUGUGCCAACAAUGUCAGAAAGCUAUGAGUAUUUCUGGUGCCAAGUUCUUCACGGUAUCACUUGAUUUAUUCGCUUCUGUUUUAGGCGCAGUGGUUACAUACUUUAUGGUGUUGGUGCAACUGAAGUAGACGAUUACCGACCGAUAAGACUAGGAGAUUUUUUUUAUGGCUUAGUCAUAAUUUCACAUUCAUAUAUCUUGUUGACUCUGAUUUAGCAUCUAGAUCAAUUGGUCUGUGCGUUACUUAUUAAAACUAGUAUUUAAAAAAUAUAAAAUUGUAUAAGAUUGUUGAAGAUAGUUUUACCGUUAUAUUUUGUCACUAAAAAGUAGUGAGUAUCUUGCACAUACUUAAACAUUUUAUUUUACUCUAGUUUUACAAAUUGUUAUUAAAUGUAUGUACUAACAAAUAUAUUUUUGAAUAAAUCACAUAUAUUGAU